AAGCCGUUCAGUCCGCCGCGAACAGCUGUGGGAGACGCAAGCGUUUAUAAAAAAUUUACAUUUUGAAAAUUCCCCGGACAAUAUAAACCGGCAAUUUUUUUUAACUGUAAUUUACGAUAGAUUCCGACAAUUAAGUGUUAACCUAAUUGAUGAAAAGUGAAGACUGAUAUAAAUAAUUAUUAUAUUUUUGUAGUUAGUGCAUUUUUGUGAUUUUCUCGCGAUCUCGCGAUUGCAUUUCUUCUGCGGCGUAAACCAGCUCAAGUGUGAAAAGAUCACAAUGAACGGACACAGCAACGGCGACAUCAACAGCGCUGGAGACAUCCUCACCCAGAACCAGCAGAAAGGAUGGUGGACCAUCGGUCUGAUAAACUCUCGGUACCGCUACCUUACCGCCGAGACCUUCGGCUUCAAGAUCAACGCUAACGGCACCAGUCUAAAGAAGAAACAGAUUUGGACCCUCGAGCCUGCUUCCGGGAAUGCCAAUGAUAGCAUGAUCUACUUGAGGUCACACUUGGACAAGUACCUAGCAGUCGACAGCUUCGGUAACGUGACUUGCGAAUCAGAGGAAAAGGAACCCGGCAGCAAGUUCCACAUCAGUGUCUCCGACGACAACAGCGGCCGCUGGGCGCUGCGUAACGUCGAGCGCGGCUACUUCCUGGGCUCCAGUUCAGACAAGCUGACCUGCACCGCCAAGGUGCCCGGAGACGCUGAACUUUGGCACGUCCAUCUAGCCGCCAGACCUCAGAUGAACCUCCGCUCGAUCGGCCGCAAGCGCUUCGCUCACCUCUCGGAGUCGCUCGACGAGAUCCACGUGGACGCUAACGUGCCCUGGGGCGAGGACACGCUGUUCACGCUGGAGUUCCGCGCUGACGAGGGCGGCAAGUACGCGCUCCACACCUGCAACAACAAGUACUUGAACGCAGGAGGAAAGCUCCAAGACACGUGCACCAGCGAGUGCCUGUUCAGCGCGGAGUACCACGCGGGCGCGCUGGCGCUGCGGGACGGCUCGGGCGCCUACCUCGCGCCCAUCGGCUCCAAGGCGGUCCUCAAGACGCGCUCCACCGCCGUCACCAGGGACGAACUCUUCUCAUUGGAAGACAGCCUCCCUCAAGCUGCCUUCGUGGCGGCUCUCAACGACAAAUACGUUUCCGUAAAACAAGGAGUGGACGUCACAGCGAACCAAGAUGAGAUAUCGUCUCAUGAGACCUUCCAAUUGGAGUUUGACUGGGCCACGAAGCGCUGGUACAUCCGCACCAUGCAGGACCGGUACUGGACCCUGGAGACUGGUGGCGGCAUCCAAGCCAGCGGUGACAACAAGUCUUCUAACGCUCUGUUCGAGCUGGACUGGCAGGGAGACGGCUCCGUGGCCUUCCGUGCCAACAACGGCAAGUACUUGCUGACCAAGCGCUCCGGCCACCUCUACGCCAACGCGGACUCCAUCGACGACAACUGCAAAUACUACUUCUAUCUCAUCAACAGGCCGAUCUUAGUGCUGAAGUGCGAACAAGGGUUCGUGGGCCCCAAGGGCGUGAAGCUGGAGUGCAACAAGGCCAACUACGAGACCAUCCAGGUGGUGCGCGGGCCCAAGGGAGCCGUCUACUUCAAGGGUCAGAGCGGCAAGUACUGGCACGCGGACGGCGAGGCGGUGACGUGCGACUCGGACGCGGCGCAGGGCUUCCUGCUGGAGCUGCGCGAGCCCACGCGCCUCGCCAUCCGCGCCGCCGCCGACCGACGCUACCUCGCCGCCGCCAAGAACGGGAACUUCCGCCUCGCUGAUGCAGACCUCGCCUCCGCCACGCACUGGGAGUACUAGGGGGCCGGGGGGGCACGGGGUAAGCGGGGGGCGGG